AUCCGUCAUGCUCAGUGGGAAGCGCAUCGCAGACAUGGGCUACAAGCUCUUCUCGGGCUCCAUGAUGCUGUUGACGGUGUACGGCGGAUACCUGUGUGUCAUGCGGGCUCAACGCUUCAUGCAGAAAAGGAAACAGCUAGAGCUAGCGGCACAGAACGAGAGCACGGCUUCAGAGACCAUUAAAGAAUGAAGACGUGGCCUGUGAAUAAUCACUUAACCGGACACUGAUUGUCACACGGGUGGGACGUUGUGUGACCCAGCAGUGUGUGGAAGUGUGUCAACAGAAACCCACCUGCGUUCAUGACCCUCAAAGGGUUUGUUUGUCAAGUUCAACGGCUCUGAAUGAGGGCUCUACUAUGGAAAGAGUGAUUUAUGUGUUGUAAUAUAUUAAAUGCUCCUUGUAAAAUCUA